GGUUUGUUUAGAUUGUGGAUUUGCGUUAACGAAAUGGAUAAAGGUUUCCAAGCAGUCAAAGUCGAUUCUGUAACAGGCGAUAGACAGAAUGUUAGUUUUAAAUUUACUAAAACUUCAGCAAAAACACUUUCGGGAAACCGUUUGGAAGAUGAUGUUAAAGAAAAGGACUACGUGUUGUCCAUUGCCGAGAGUGAAAUUAAGAGUACUAUACCAAAGGAAAAAGUAAAGGAAUUGGUUAUACCUAUGAUUCGGAAGAACAAUUGGAGAACUUCGAAUACAAAUGCGCAAGAUACUGGAGAUGAGGAUAGUAAAAUCAAAGAUCUUGCUAUCCAAGAAUUACUUAAAGAAACAUCAGAGCAGAAUGAAAAAUGGGAGAAGAGAGAGUUUAAAAACUAUACAGUUACCAUUCCCCUUAUUAUGCAGAACAAAAUACCUGAUGGAUUCGAAACAGAUGAAAAAUUGGAUGUUUCUUUAAGGCCUGAGGAACCCAAACUGGAAGAUUAUGAAAAGGUUCCAGUUGAACAGUAUGGUUUAGCUAUGCUUAGAGGAAUGGGUUGGAAAGAAGGUGAUCCAAUAGGAGCUAACAGUAGCAAAAUUGUGGAACCAGUUCAAGUACAGCUUAGACCAAAAGGUUUAGGUCUUGGAGCUGAUGCUUCAGCAUUAAAAAAAAACCAAAAAAAGGAAAGUGAUGAGAAAUUAGCUUUAGUUAAAGGUUCUUAUGUAAAUAUAACUCAAGGUUCUCAUAAAGGAAGUUAUGGAGAGGUUUUAGGAUUAGAUGAAGAAAAUGCAAGGGUUAUUGUCAAGUUAAGCAGUGAUGGAAAAAUACAGACUUUUCCAGAAUUCUUUGUUAAUGUUGUUAGUAAAAAAGAGUAUGACAAAGAAAGCCGAGUGAUAAAUCGAAUCUCAUAUGAAAAUUAUAAAGAUAAAGAAUGUAAAGUCAAGCAAGAGCAACACACUGAAGCAAGAGAUAGUGAUAGAAAACACAGUACCCAGAAAAAUGAUAAAAGGAAGUCUGAAUCAGAUUUUCCAAAGGAAAAGAAUUCAGAUGAAAGGCAUAAAAGUUCAAAGAAAAGACAUCACAGCAGAGAGAGGGGUGUUGAAAACUAUAUAUCUGGCAGUGAACAUAAAAGUACAAAAUCUUGGGUUAGACCUCAAUUGAGGGUUCGUCUUAUUAAUGACAAGUACAAGAAAGGAAAAUAUUUUAAUACAAAGUUAGUUGUUGUUGAUGUACUUUCUCCACGAAGAUGCAUUUGUAAAACAGAUGAUGGUAAAUGCUUAGAUGAUAUUUCACCUUCAAUGUUAGAAACAGUUAUUCCAAGAAACGAAUCUGAUUAUGUGAUGAUAGUUAAAGGUGAACACAGUGGUGAAUUAUGUUCUAUCUUAAAAAAGGACAAAUCAAAAUGCAUUGCUACUGUUCAGUUCCUUUCAGACCGCAACCAGGCAUUAAGAAUAGAAUAUGAUUCAAUAUGUGAAUAUGUAGGUGAUAUUUCCCAAUUCGAUUAAACAAAUUUUAGAAUGGGGUUUCCGCAGAGACGAAACUGUGUAUACAAUAUCUAAGGCCUCUACUUGUUGUUGAGAAGUUAUUUUUCACUUAGUUAAAUACAAAGCUGUGAUACAUAUAACUCUGUUUACUACCAAGACAUCUGUAAAACCAUUACUCAUGUUUCCAAAAGCUCUUUUCUGAAGAAUAAUUGUGUAAAAUGCCUUGGAUAUAGCAUACAAUAUUUUAAUUGUAAUAUUUUGUAAAAUAAAUUUUUUGUUUAUUUUAA